AAGACGGUUCUGUGCACGCUAUUGUCUCUUAUUUACUCGUGUAUUGAAGACCCCGCCCAGUCAGGUCAGCCUACAGCAGCAGCUGGAGUAAAGAACUGACUGAGUACCGCAGCCGCAAGGACAUGUUAGCACCGUCUCUGAUCUUCAGUUGUAUAAGGACAACGCUGCUUUAAUCCGUUUAAGGGAACAUGAUUCCAGUGACAGAAUUCCGGCAGUUUACGGAACAACAGCCAGCUUUCAGGGUUUUAAAGCCAUGGUGGGAUGUGUUUACAGACUACCUGUCUGUGAUCAUGCUCAUGAUAGGCGUGUUUGGGUGCACUCUGCAGGUAAUGCAAGACAAAAUCAUAUGUCUUCCUCAACGGACAUUCCAACCAAACGAGACUGAGCUGAUGAGCCCACCUGUUCCCAUAACUCCUGUGUCCUCAGUGCCUGUCACAGAGCUAAAAGGACUGAAGACCAACUUAGACAUUCAGCAGUAUAGCUACAUAAAUCAGAUGUGUUACGAAAAAGCACUACAUUGGUAUGCCAAAUACUUUCCUUACCUGGUUCUCAUACAUACCGUCAUUUUCAUUGUGUGCAGCAAUUUUUGGUUCAAAUUUCCUGGCUCUAGUUCAAAAAUCGAGCACUUUAUAUCCAUCUUGGGCAAGUGUUUCGACUCUCCGUGGACUACAAGAGCUUUGUCAGAAGUAUCAGGGGAAAACCCUGAGGAGAAAGACAACAAAAAGAACAGUGCUAGUAGGUCAAACCUUAAUAUUCCAGCUAUUGAGGGCACCCUUGAGAAGAGUCCAUCUCUCAGAUCUAUUCCUGACAAAAUUGUGGUCGACAAACCGGCGCCAAGCGUCCUUGACAAGAAGGAAGGAGAGCAAGCCAAAGCCUUGUUUGAAAAGGUAAAAAAAUUCCGCCUGCAUGUGGAGGAGGGUGAUAUAUUGUAUAUGAUGUAUGUCCGUCAGACUGUUGUGAAAGUGUUCAAGUUUAUUCUUAUAAUUGCCUACAACAGUGUGCUGGUGUCAAGGGUUAAGUUUACCGUGAAAUGUAAUGUGGACCUACAGGACAUGACAGGAUACCGGCAGUUCUCAUGCAAUCACACUAUGGCUCACUUGUUUUCGAAGCUCUCCUACUGUUAUUUGUGUUUUGUGAUUGUUUAUGGACUCACGUGCCUUUAUACGUCCUACUGGCUAUUCUAUCGUUCUCUGAAGGAGUACUCUUUUGAAUAUGUUAGACAAGAGACUGGAAUUGAUGACAUCCCAGAUGUAAAGAACGAUUUCGCUUUCAUGUUACACAUGAUUGAUCAGUAUGAUCCGUUAUACUCCAAGAGGUUUGCCGUGUUUCUCUCCGAGGUCAGUGAAAACAAACUUAAACAGCUCAACCUCAACCAUGAGUGGACAGUUGACAAGCUUCGACAGAAGCUGCAGACAAAUAGCAAUAACAGGCUUGAGCUUCAGCUCUUUAUGUUUCCAGGUCUCCCAGAUACCAUUUUUGAGGUGGCAGAGCUGCAGUCUUUGAAGCUUGAGAUUAUUAAUAAUGUUACCAUACCAGCAUCCAUUGUCCAACUUGAGGAUCUCCAGGAGCUUUCGCUCUACCAAUGCUCACUCAAGAUCCACAGUGCAGCCACCUCGUUCCUCAAGGAGAACCUGAAGGUUUUGCGAGUGAAGUUUGAUGACAUGCGUGAACUUCCGCAGUGGAUGUAUGUGUUGCGGAGCUUGGAGGAACUCCAUCUGAUCGGCUCGUUCAGCUCUGACGUGUCAAAGUACGUAACGCUGGACUCCCUGAGAGAGCUCAAAUCACUGAAGACCCUGACACUCAAGAGCAACUUUACCAAGGUCCCUCAGUCUUUUGUAGAUGUAGCCAGCCAUCUGCAGCGUCUCUGCAUUUGCAAUGAUGGCACCAAGCUGGUCAUGCUUAACAACCUGAAAAAGAUGGUGCAUCUCACAGAACUCGAGUUACUGCACUGUGACCUGGAACGCAUACCACAUGCCAUUUUCAGCCUGAGUAAUUUGCAGAUGUUGGAUCUGAAGGAGAACAAUAUACGUUCAAUUGAAGAGAUUGUUAGCUUCCAGCACCUCCGGAAGCUGACCUGUCUGAAGCUUUGGCACAACAGCAUCGCUUUCAUACCCGAACACAUCAAAAAACUUGGCAGCUUGGAGCGUCUCUACUUAAGCCACAACAAGAUUGAGAUCCUGCCUUCGCACUUGUUCCUUUGCAACAAACUGCGCUACCUUGAUGUCUCCAACAACGACAUCCGUUUCAUCCCACCGGAGAUAGGUGUUCUUCAGAGCCUCCAAUACUUCUCUGUUACCUGUAACAAAAUCGAAAACAUUCCAGAUGAACUCUUCUUCUGUAAGAAGCUGAAAACUCUCAAGCUUGGCAGGAACAUGUUGUCUGUCCUCUCGCCAAAGAUUUCUUACCUUGGUGCAUUGGCUCACUUGGAGUUAAAGGGUAAUCACUUUGAGUUCCUGCCAGCUGAACUGGGCUGUUGUCAUUCCUUGAAGCGGAGUGGACUUGUGGUAGAAGAUGUGCUGUUUGAGACAGUGCCCUCUGACAUCAGGGAACAAAUGGAAGCAGAGUGAUGUUUCACUGCUUUGCUUUAAUGCCAAAUGUUUUAAUCUGGCUUCUUAAAGAGGCAACACUUCAAGUGCUCUGUCCAGUUGUAUGAAUCGUGUAUCUGUAUUGGUGAGUACCUGCAAUGUUCAAAGCUGGACUUAUGCUUGGCCUAUAAAAUAUUUGGAGAUGGACACCUUUUAAUGCCUUACAUCAUAUAUUAUGGAGAAAGCCAAGAAAAAUUAACAAUUAAAUUUUUUUGGCAGUCGUAAGCGUUUGCACAGCGUGAGACAGGGAGUCAUAAAAACAGUGGGGUGUACUACAUUUCCAUUGUGUCCAUUCACCUCUUAUGACUUGACAUUUGCUUUCAUAAUUUCUUAAAGAUUUUGCACUGGAAAUGUCAAUAUUAGAAUUUGCACUGGAAACAUUCCUCUCUUAUUUUUAAAAAUGUGGGACUUAAGGGUUUAUUGAGGUAUGUAUUAUAGGAAGAGCUUUUAUGUAAUCUUUUAUGCUAGUUUUUUCUUGCAUAUCCAAGGCAUUUAAAGCGUUUGGAAAACAGGGCCAGGGGAAACCUUAUGCAUGUGUUCUCAGGUAGACUUUAUUUUCUGUGCGUAACUUACUUGUUUAACGGUUUGCGAACUGUUAGCUGUAGAUCAUGCGCCGAUAGAGAGAACUACAUUAUAGUAUACCUCUUUUGAACAUGUUGUACCAGCUUCAAUUGUAGUGCAAGUAAUUCAAAAAUCAAUAAGGGGCUUUUAUCCUGCUGUUAUUUGCCUAAAUAAAUAAUCCAGAUGCAAACGAUACAUUUGAGCCAGAAAUAUCUCUUACCUAACCUUUUUAAUAGUACACAGAUUUUCUUCCUCCAUUAAUACACUUUAUUACACGGCUCGUUGGAAUGCUUGAUUCUGAUUGCAUUCUAUUCCCAGAUAACAACCUCUCAAAACUAAUAACACACAGUAACCCAGAUGCAGCAAAUCAUUUUGACAGUUUUUUUUGACAAAUUAAAUAUAAAUAUGUAUUUUGAUAACAUACUGUAUAUGAUAUUAUAUUUACAAAUGAUUAAACCAAAUUGUUGCAAGUUGUGCAAUAAGUUGUUCAAGUUGCCGUGUAAUAAGAGGGAUAAUGUUCAAGCAGCCGGCUGUUAUCGCUAAAUAAGUCCCUUCAGAGGGCUUCGUGUCAGGUCCUGAUCACACUGUCGUAUAUUAUCCCUGUACAUUAUCUCUUACAUAACAACCGCUUACACUAUUUACUGUAUUACAUUCAUCAGUAUUUGUUAAUUUAAUAUAGCUGCAUUGUACGACGUCAUUGUUUAUACUUGAUGUAAAAACACAUUUUGGAGAGACAAAGUUAUAAAUAUAUACUAUACAUUAAGGUCUGACAUUCUUGUUUAAGUGCUCUUCCAUAAUGUCCUUAAGUAAAAAUUGUAAUAAAAUGGGCUUUUCGCUGCACUGAGAUAAAUCAGUAGUGUAAUAUCUCUUUUUCUUUUUACUACUAGAAAUGAUAAAUUAGAUGUGUGUGUGUGUGUGUGUGUUUUGUCCUGAGGUCAUGUACACGGCAAUUACAUUGUCUCUGAUCUGAUCUUGCCUUGUGGGAGGUGACUCAUCUUAUGUACUGAGAUCAGUAUGUGGCCUUUCUCUACAGACUGCCAAUCACACUCCUCUGUCAUAUAAAAGAAGUACCAUCGAAUCAGUGUUUCACUAAUGUAUUAACAAUGUCUUGGAAUUCAUACAUAUUUAGCAGAGAACAUGAGAUAUGUAGAUGAGAAGUCUGUGUGUUUUGCCAGAAGUAUGUUAGUAGUAUUAUAUACUCAAAUGAUUGAGCUUUGGAGUGUUCAUAAUUUUGCUUGACAGGAGGCCUCUCUUGGAAGGUUGGUCUUUCUGAUUAUUAAAGCUCAUAGUAGUGUCAAUACCAAAUUAUGUCAGACUUUCUUUGCAUAAAAUUAAAGCUGUUACUAGAUAAACCAAGACAUGCUGUAGUGUUGUUUUGUAUUAUUUACACUCAACCAAAGUGUUUUUAUUGUGUAAAACAGGAUAAAUAAAAUGCAUUUUCGUUUUG